AUGUCUGAUUCUGAACAACAAACUUUUGAAGUUGCCGAUGCUGGUUCUUCUGCUACCUACCCAAUGCAAUGUUCUGCUCUAAGAAAGAACGGUUUCGUUGUCAUCAAGGGUAGACCAUGUAAGAUUGUUGAUAUGUCUACUUCCAAGACUGGUAAGCACGGUCACGCUAAAGUCCAUUUGGUCGCUUUAGAUAUCUUCACCGGUAAGAAGCUAGAAGAUUUAUCUCCAUCCACUCACAACUUGGAAGUCCCAUUCGUCAAGAGAACUGAAUUCCAAUUAUUGGAUAUUGAUGAUGGUUUCUUAUCCUUAAUGACCCCAGAUGGUGAAACCAAGGAUGAUGUUAGAGCCCCAGAAGGUGAAUUAGGUACUCAAAUCCAAGAUGCUUUCGAUGAAGGUAGAGACUUGAACGUCACUAUCAUCGCCGCUAUGGGUGAAGAAGCUGCUAUUUCUUUCAAGGAUGCUCCAAACUCUAACUAG